UCAUCUGGACACUCGAGCUGUCGAUCCAAAUCUCACCAGCCAAUGAGAGUAAAGCACUGUUAAGCCCGCCCACUUGAUAGGUUUGUGCCCGAAUGGCGAAAAAAACGGAAAGUUUGAAAGCGUAAAAGAGAACUCUGGCGGUGUGUUCGUAAUCCAUGAUUAGUGAAAACGAAGAUUAGAAAGCUAUUAAACACAGUUAUGCUGUUUAUUUGAAGACCAUGUUCAAUUUUUGCCCCUGACUUCACUGUUUUCAGAUUUCGAGUGUUUUUCUUCUUUCUCGUUGUAUAUUUUUGUUUGUUUCUUGAAAAGUUAUGUUCGAUAAUUCUGGCACAAAUUUCACGCCGUAGCAUUGGCCAGUCGUCACAAAACGUGAACGGGAUGUCCUUCUAUCUAUCCUUUAGAUAGGUCAAUGGGCAAGGUAUGUAGGUAGGUAGGUUUUAGGACUUGUUUUUGUUUGUUUGUUUGUUUUUGUUUCUUUUGUUUUGUUACACAGUGAGAGCCAGCAAAUGUGUAAUGUGACUCCCAUCCACAAAGGGGCAGUACAACACACAUGUACACACUGGCCGAAUUUGAAAUGUCUCUCUGUUUCUUAUAGGAAGUGCUGUAUAUGUAGUAAUGGCGAAUACAGGCGACGGUUCUACUAGAAGGGCUUUGUUUAUGCGCGCUAUGUAGUGCACUAUGAAUCCAACAGAAAGCCAUUUGGGAUUUGACCAUUAUCCGGCCUUGAUGGACGUUGUACACGAGUUGAUCCCAGUGUCUGCAAACAUCAUUCUGACACUCUCGGCUCUGCCUGCUGCUUUUCACCUGUUCAGGGACCACCGAGCUCCCUCAGUGGGUUUUUUCCUCAUUGCAUGCUCUUCAUUUCUGGCUGUUAUCCCUCUGCCCCCAGCUCUGUCACAAGUCCAGAGAGAUCUCGAGUGGGCAGGCGAGAUACUGGGCCCGUCCCUGUCUGCCUUCAGCUUUUUGUGGCUCAGUGAAGAUCGUUGGACUGCCCAUGUACUCCUGAUUGGUACGGCGCUUCUUCCGAUGCUCUCCGAUUGGCUGUCGGAGGACGGCUUGGUGAUCAUGACGCGCUGUGUGUCCUUGUCAGCAUUCUCGUGUGCUCUGACAGUGUGCAUGUUUGCUGCCAGUGGGACUGGUGUGGUGGGCAGUGUGGCCCUCAGCCUUCCUGCUCUUCUGGCCCCCAGGGUCGGAGCUGGCAGCAUGACCUCGCUGAUAUCUUCACAGGGUGAAAGAGGACUAUUGGGGUGGAGUCUGAAAGUCAUCAUGGCUGUAGGGUGCUGGACAACAAAGUCAGCUUUAGAUACAUUCCUCCAGGAUUUGAAGGGCUGGGACCGAACCCUAUGAGUUACCACAACUGGUAAAAUGUUUCUUGAAGCUCUUAAACUGAUUUUGUUUUACAUUACAGUGUUACUCCACAGUGUGCUGCUGUUGCUGUAUACCUCAUAGGACACAGUGAGUUUGCUGGCUGAAACUGUUGCUUACUGAAGCGAUAUUUAUGUACUUGCUACAGCUCAUUUCUCCAUAUCAGCCUUGAUAAUAUGUCAGCUGUCAUCAGGGCAAGUCAACUAGGGCUGAGGAAGGAAUCACAUUCAAAUUUUCAUAUUUAUGUAUUCAAAUGUAUUCAAAAAGUUUGGCCGAAAGGAAGAAAUAACUGCAUAUAACUGAUGAUCGUGUAAUUAAUUUUCAUAAAUUUACUCAUUAAUAUUUUUUUAAGUGCCUUAAAAGUAAUAUUACAUGUAAGCAUAUAAACAUUUACAACAAUCACUGUUUUUCAACAGUAGCAUCACAAAUUGUGUUCUAUUGCGCAUACAGUGCACUAAGUUGGUUCUUGGUAUACCCUAUAUGAGUGAGCAUAAAUAGUGUACACAAUGCCAUUUGGGAUUGUGCCUAGACAGCAUAAUGCCUUAUAUUCAUUUUGCUUGUAAUGCCUUAUUUUCAUCCUGGGUUCUCUAACUCAACAACUUCCACCACAAGAAUAAACCAUUCAAACUGGGGAAUAAAUAAUAAUCUUACCUGUUCAACAAAAAAAAAUCAGUCCCGAAUUCUUUUUCCUCAUGUAUUGUACUUUAACUAUCUCACACCUGGUUGGCUGCACCUCCUGUCUGUCACUGUGUAGUUUCACUUCUUUCAUGCCUUAUAACAUUUGAUGUAUCUGAGCUGGCGUCUGUAUACAAAUUUCCGCCAAACCUGACCUCCUGACACAGCACUGCAAAUUACUGUUACAGGAUUGUCAAGGUGGACCUUAUUAGAAAGUGGGUUUUUUUCUCCCCUGAUUCUGAGUUUUUUCUUAACAAAGAUAAACUGUGUACUGUAGCUUUAAGUAAAAAAGGCUGAAAACUCUUUAUUUCUGACUGACCUGGAAUCGUGUUGAUGUAAUGAAGUGUUUGAGACUGAGCUGCUAAUGUUAAAAGUCUUGAGGACUUGUAACAAAUUCUUAAUAAAAUUAUGAAUAAAUAAAUGAAAGUAUUUCUCCCUAUUAUUUCUAUGUGCCUUUCUUGAUCACAAUGUAUUCUACAAGGUGUCCCAAACGUCUCCAUACAUUAACACUUUUUACCAAAAUGUCUUACAAAUUUGUUCAUGCUUAGUUUUGUAUUCUAUUUCUUUUUUUCAGAAAGCGUUUAAGAAUGCCUUUGACAAAAGAAAAACGUAUUGAAAUCAUUCUCAUGGCUGGAUCGGGAAGCUGUCGCAAGGUUGCGAUGGACAUGCAAUUACAUGCAAAACACCAGAUGUUUUUACACGUUAUAGUUUAGUUUUAGUUCAUUAUGAGUGGGACAGAUGAGUUCACGUGUGCUUAUAAAGAAAUGACGAUCAUGUAAAAGAUGUUUUGUAAAUAGUUACAUUUUGCUAAAAAGUGUUAAGUUCCCCCAUGUAUUUAGACUUUUGGUACAAACUGUAUUUAUGUGCAGUAGAAAGCACCAUUGACCUUGAAGUUACGCACACUAGGGACUUUCUUUUUUCUUGUUACUGACAGUGCUUUUUUUUGCUCUGGAAGAUCCUUAAAAGAGCUGUAAACCUUACAGAUCAGCACUUUAACAGCAGCCAUUUAAGCACUCUUAAUUACACCCUGGCAAAUGCUGAGCACUGUGAAUGGCUUCAUUUACAUCUCACAGAAGCAAUAUGAUUAAUUAUAAAGGCUCAUUGAUCAUGACAAUCAUGGAAGAUUUUAGGUUUA